UCGAAGAAACGCCUCAAUGCUCCGACCGAGCUCACUGCGAUCAUCCUCUUCCCCUCGAGUCCUCUUCUCCUCCUCCCAUGGCGUCGCCCGCCGCCCCCUCGCCUCCGCCCCUUCGCCGCUCCCUCCGCCGGAGUGGAUCGAGCCCUUCCUCGACGUCUCCGACCUCACCCGCCACCGCGGUGACCCCCGAAACCCCUCCCCGUGGUUCCCCCGCGUCGUUUCGCUCGUCCUCGCUUCCGCCCCCGGCUCCCUCCCCUCCGACCUCGCCUCAUUCUGCCGCAGGUUCCUCAUCCGCCUCUCCCCCGCCUUCGUCUCCCACUCCCUCCGCUCGUCCGACCUCCGCCACCGCCCCGACCUAGCCCUCGCGUUCUUCCGCUGGGCCGCCACCCAGAAGAAGUACCCCGGCCACAACCUCGACUCCUACGUCGCCCUGAUCGACAUCCUCUCCUGCUCCGACAAUAAAGAAACCAGUCGGAUCAAGGAACUCAUCGCCGAGAUCAGAGCCCGCGGGAAUCUCCUCCCGGCGGCACCAUCUGCAGCCACUUCUCUCAUACGGAGCCUGGGGUCCACCGGCAUGGUGGAGGAGUUGCUGUGGGUCUGGCGAUGGAUGAAGGAGAGUGGGGUCGAGCCGUCGCUCAUGUGUUACAACUGUUUGUUGGAUGGUCUGGUGAAUUCGAUGUUCGUGGAUUCAGCGGAGAAGGUCCUUGAAGCGAUGGAGGCGAACAGAGUUCGGCCUGAUGUAGUUUCCUACAACACGCUAAUCAAAGGUUACUCGAAAGUAGGAAGGAGGCAGAAAGCAGUUGAUAGGUUUGUGGAGAUGCAGGAGAAGAAGAUCCAGCCAGAUAAGAUUACGUAUCUAAGUCUGAUGCAAUGCCAUUACUCGGAUGGGGAAUUCCAUGAAUGCUUGGUGCUGUACCAUGAGAUGGAAGAGAAGGGAUUGGAGAUUCCGACUCAUGCAUACAGUUUGGUGAUCAGUGGAUUGUGCAAGGAGGGGAAGCCAUUCGAGGGAAUGGCGGUGUUGGAAAGCAUGGUUAGGAGAGGUUGCAAGGCUAGUGUGGCAAAUUAUACUGUUCUCAUUGAUUCUUUUGCAAAGAGCAUGAAUGAGGAUCAUGCUAUGAUGUUGUUUGAGAGGAUGAAGAAUGAUGGACUUGAGCCAGACGAAGUCACUUAUGGGGUGACAAUUAACUGCUUGUGCAAGGCUGAGAAGCUGGACAAAGCCAUGGAGUUGUUUAAAUUCUGCAAAGAGAAUGGUGUGCUGGUGAAUGCAAUCUUCUACUCUAGCCUUAUAGAUGGGUAUGGGAAAGCUGGGUUAGUUGAUGAGGCACAAGGGCUUUUCAAUGAGAUGAUAGAACAAGGUUUUGUGCCAGAUUCAUACUGCUAUAAUGCCCUUAUUGAUGCAUUUGGAAAAGCAGGAAGGAUCAAUGAAGCUUGUGCACUAUUCAAGAGAAUGGAGAUGGAGGGCUGUGAUCAGACAGUUUAUACAUACACUAUACUCAUGGAUGGGUUGUUUAAGAAACACAAGAAUGAGGAGGCACUGAAGCUGUGGAAUAUGAUGAUCGAUAAGGGGAUAACUCCCACCCCUGCAGCUUUCCGUGCCCUUUCAAAGGGCCUGUGCCUUUCAGGAAAGUUCACCAGGGCUUGUAAAAUACUGGAUGAACUGGCUCCUAUGGGAAUAGUGCCUGAGACGGCCCAUGAGAAUAUGAUCAAUGUGUUGUGUAAAGCAGGGCGAUUUGAGCAAGCUUGCCAACUCGCUGAUGGAAUCAUAGGUAAAGGUCGUGAGGUGCCGGGAAGAGUUCGAACCAUUAUGAUCAAUGCUCUGAGAAAAGCUGGAAAUGCUGACUUGGCUUUCAAAUUGGUUCACAGUAACAUUGGUAUUGGUUAUGACAGAUAUGGCAGCAUUAAAAGGAGAGUUAAGUUCCAGACUCUGUUGAAUUCAUAGUCAUCCACGGUUAUUGGAUGUUUGAGUGGCAAACUGCAAGUCCGAUUUAAAUCUUGAAUCCUUUUUGUUAAGCUAAAUCAUACCCUGUCCAAGACCCAAAGUAGGGGAGAGGGGUUAAUUGGACUGACUUUUUGGAUGAACCAUAUCGUGAGGCCCGAGUCGAUACGGUAUGGGCGGUACAUACCGGUUAGACUCAUCACGGGGACACGGCUUGCUCGGGUCUCUAUCGACACGCCUCGAUAUACCAUGUGUCAGUAUACUGGUACAGAUCGAUGCAUACCGUGUUGACAAAUCUUCGAGACGGGUUCGGUACCCGAAAUAGUGAAACCUAGAUGAAACAUUUAUGUGUUUUUUCUCAAUAAGUUCAUUAGAAAUAAAAAAAGAUGCUCAUUUUCUGUAAGAUGUGUAAUCCUUGGAAUAUCUUGCUGUAUCCGUAUCGGAUUCGUUAUAUUCAUUAACUAGGAUGUGUUAGAUACUUCCACGAAGUAUCUGACGUUUUUAAUAAUUUUUUAAAAUACAGGACAGUUUUAACAUAUUCCUAAAGAAUACUUUUGUGGAUACUUAUUGGGAGAGUUCUUUUUGUUUUUUUGUUUUUCUCCUUUUUGAUUGUUGAUCUUUUGUUUCUAGACUAGGUGUAUAUGUUGGAUUUAUUUUCAUCCAUUUUUUAAAUCUGAAUGAUGUAUAUUAACAUGUUUUGUGUAUUUCAGCAUCUCUAAGACUUGACUUUCUAAUGACGUUGGUGUGGCAUAGAACUAGCUUUAUGAGGAUGCUGCUUAUCCAUAACACUUUAAGAACCUACCAGCUGAAAUAGGGAGUUCUACCUUAAUACUGUUUUUGUAAAAAAAGCAGUGGAACCUUGGAUGAUCAUCUCAAUAGCUUCAUAUUAACUGUAUGAUAAAAUGCUUUUAGGAUCUGUAUUGUAAAAAAGAUGGAUUUUGGUCAAAUGAGAUUCAGGGAAUUGUGCUGAUAUAAAUAUUAUGCAUUGUCUUGUUAUCUUGUGUUCUGGUAAUUUUUGUGCUGCCUAGGAAUCCCAAUUCUUCAGUCUGCAAAUGUUUGCUUAUUGUGGCACUUUUUUGUUUUUUGAAAUCUAAUUGGAUCAUGCUUAAUCCUAGGAGCCUCUGCAUCAGCGAUCAUUGAGAAAGCAUACAACAGGUUAUCAUUAGUAAUGGCUGUUUAGUGUUUGCUGCACAAUGCUUUUUUAAUAUUGCCAGUCCACCAUUGAUUGACAAACUUUAAGUCCUAAGCUACAAAGCAUCACAAGAGAAUUCUUGUUGCUGGUUGAAGUUGAAAUUUAAUACAAAGCAUCGCAAGAGAAUUCUUGUUGCUGGUUGAAGUUGAAAUUUAAUUUGUUCAUUGAAUUUAGUAAAUAAUCAAUCAGGAUGAAGACAAAUAUCCCUAAUAAAACAAAACAAAUUUUAGCUAUAAGCCCAACAGUCCUUACCGUAUAAAUUAAUAACAGGACUUCUCUUGUUAGAGCCUGAUCUUUUAAUGUUAGAUUAAGGAUAAACACCUUAUUUCUAUUUUGUACAUUAGGAUUGAAUCCUGCAGAAUAAAUAAAUGUUUUCAACUGUGAAACCUAAACCAACUAAUUUAAGCAGUCACUUUUGGAUGGCAAGAGAAAGAACAUAACAUUGUUUGUGAUUGUAGUGUCUUAAUGUGCAUGCAAGAUGAUGAGGAAGAAUCAUAUUGGAGACAUUUAACAUUGUCAAGUUAUCAAUAUGGAAAAUGAAGCCAGAUUAGCUCUGAAUAUUAAUGUCUUAAGACUGCAUUAACAGGCAAAGUUAAGUUGGCGAGCUCUGAACUGAUGGUGAAAGAACUGGAGCAACAUAAAAUAACCAGUAAUGCAAGACUGUAUCCAAAUAAAGCACAAGUCCAGUUCUUUGUUAUAGUUUAACUAGGUUUCCUUAUUUUGAUUCCCUAUAUAGGCUAUAUUUGCUUGAUUUCCUCCAGAGCAACCAUCAUCAAAGUUGAGGGAAUACCCAAGUGGAUCAUAUUGAAGCUUGAUCCUUCUUUUACUAAUCACUUUCCUAAUCCUUGCUCUUAUUUUCCAAAAGAAACUUCUUGGUUGCUUCAUACUGCAAUGACUGACACAUGCUACCCUUCUUGCCCAAUUCAUAUCUGAUGCUUGAUUGAUUUGCUAGGCUGCUGCCUGUUGACAACAAUGAAUGAAAGACUUCCAAUUUUGGGACUUGGGUGGACUUCUAUGAACUAUUUCUGCUUGAUGUUUUUCCAAAUGAUGCUUGCUGGUAAAAAGCAGUUGGUUUGACCAGUACUGCCUAUUAUUUUGUGAGAUGCCAGAAGUUCAUGGAGUCUCGGACACUGCAAAAAUGGAAAGAAAAACUCAAGAUUUUGGACUUGAAGAUUGAAUUGAAGUAAAUGAAAGAUUAGGAACACUUGCUUACCAGAUUGACAGGAAAAGAGCUUUCGUGACUUUACACAGAGUCCCAUCCAGCCACUGGGAUUGUCUAUUUUUCCAGUUGUGAAGCGUCCAUGAGCUCAGUAUGUGUUUCUUGGAUCAUUUAUAGAACAACAGCCUUGGCUCGCUUUCUUGCGGGAAUGAAAAUGUGGAUAUGAUUCCAUUAGCACUCAAACAAGCAGAAGUCCAAAAGGAAUAGCUGAAGUUUCAGUAUAUGUUUUGAGCCUGUGACAUCUGAAAGGACACUUUAGAAAAUUUGUUUUUAUCAAUUUGGUGCAGACAUAGGGAAAUGACCCACCAAAUGUUGUUCAUUAGUCAAUUUGUCUUGGUGAUGGUUGCUCGGCAAACUUUGCUGCUGCCGUAGCAUGAGACCUGUGAUCAUGAGUGGAUUCUCUUUUCAUGUUGCAUCAAAUCAUAAACUUUGUCUCCUUUUCCAUUCCUUGGCUCCUCCCUCGGCUCCAGGCAGCAAGAUAAAGAGAAAAUAAUAUCCUUAUCAGAGAAGGUAGGCAAAAGAAGCUUUUGAAGAUGUGCCUAGAUUCCCAUUGCUACAGUAUCUACUCUUCAGUGCAGAUGUUGCAUGUCUUAGCCUCUUGGUGCUAUAUGGCCUGAGGAUAGAAUGCUCUGACUACCUGGUGGUAGGAUAUGUCAUGUCAUGUCUUCCAAGCUUUUUCCAGCCUGCAUGAAUUGUACUUGCUUGGCAUUCCUAGUUGACUGGUCUGUUAGUGUUCGUGAUGUGGUUUAAUUUUCAUGUGUUUGUUGUACUUAUUGGGGAACUAUACAUCUGAGAAACAGGUCAUCGUGCCAGAAAUUUGGAUUCGACUGCACAAUUUGUCA